AUGAUCAAGGCCGGUUUCAUCUCAUCUCUCCUGUCCCUGGCCACCGUCGCCCGCGCCUGGGACGCGCCCAACUACGGCGGCUUCAACCGCGUCUGGCAGGACAACUUUGCCGGCAGCGGCGGCACUUUGCCCAACGAGGGCAACUGGAACAUCAUCACCGGCUACCUCAACGUCAACAACGAGCUCGAGGUGUACACGCGGGACACGCGCAACGUGCAGCUCAGCGGCGGCACCACCCUCCAGCUCGUGCCCUGGCGCGACGGCUCCUCCUGGACCUCGGGCCGCCUCGAGUCCAAGUACACCUUUACUCCUCCCGGCGGCAAGCUGACGCGCGUCGAGGCGGCGAUCCGCUUCGGCGGCAACAGCGUCAACAACAAGCAGGGCAUCUGGCCGGCGUGGUGGAUGCUGGGCGACUCGAUCCGCCACGGCACGCAGUGGCCGGCCUGCGGCGAGCUGGACAUCCUGGAGACGGUCAACGGCCAGCUGAUCGGCCACGGGACGAUGCACUGCGACGUCUUCCCGGGCGGCGUCUGCAACGAGGGGAAUGGGAUCGGCGCGUCGGUCAACUUCCCGAACCAGGAUUGGCAUACGUGGCGCGUUGAGAUUGACACGCGCGCGGGCAACUGGGUCGACCAGAGCAUCGUCUGGUACCUUGACGGCCAGGAGUUUCACCGCAUCACGGGAAGCCGCAUCAACAACUACAACGUCUGGCGCUCCGUCGCGGGAAGCCCCCUCUUCUUCAUCCUCAACGUCGCUGUCGGCGGCAACUGGCCCGGUUCGCCCAACGGAAACACCCAGGAUGGCUAUGGCAGCAUGAUGGAAGUCGGCUACACUGCUCAAUACGUUAGCCAGUAA